AUGGAACGCAUCACGACCGUCAUCACGACCGUCAUCAUGAUCGCCCCCAGCCAGGUGCGCGGGGCCUCCGCCCGGUCGGUCGAGCUGGUCGAGAACGUCGCGGGCGGAGGCCGGCGGGAGCACCGCGGCGGCUCGGCGGCGGCGCUGGUGGCCGAGGACCACGCGGGGGUGCGCGCGGACGCCGCUGAGAACCUGUGGGUACUGGGCGGAGCCUUCCUGGAGCGCUUUGUCGUGGUCCUUGACUUCGAGAACAGGAGGCUUGGCGUGGCCGAGCCGAUGAGCAAGGCGGCCGCUGCGAUGACGGACCCAGAGCUGCUGUGGUUCGGCAGCAGCUACAAGCAGCUCGAGGACUUGGACGCUAAUGGCAACGUGAUGUGCGCGGACACGCACAGCCUGAGCGCUCCAUGUGGUCCGUGUGGGCCCGAUUGGGGAGAUGUGGUCAAGUGCCAGGCCCUCUGCAACUCGAACCUCGACUGUAACUACAUCGUGCACUCCACCGAUGGCGGGUGCCGGCUGUACUCCUCGUGCGAGGGCACCGUCACCACGGCGCCUAGCGACUACUCGAGCCGGAUGCACAUCUACGCGAAGCAGACGCUCCCCUUCAAGCAGCUGGUGAUCGCCCCGGGCACGCUGUGCAGCCCCGACCAGAAGAUCCUCGUCGCUCCGACAACGAGGUCGUUCGACAGGGCCGCCUGCGAAAGGCUGUGCAGCAGCCACCACAGCUGCAACUACUUCGCGCACCUCAGCGACGGCGGGGGGAGCGCCGCCGAGGGCCGCAGUGCCUGCGGGGAUCCGCUGCGCGCGGGCGAGACGUCCGUCGAGCAUCGCACCGAGCGAGUUGGCGCGAGGAGCGGCCACCUCACGGCGGCUUGCCAUGGGCCGCCAGCCGUGAUGGCUGGUCGCGGCCGCGAGCUCAUCAUGUGGAAGGGGUCGCCGUACAGCAUUAGGGCGCUGGCGGCGCUCCACCUCAAGGGCUUAGGCAGGCCGAUCGUGGGCUACGAGUUAUCUGAGGCUCCGGGCGACCUCGAGACUCGGAUUGCCAUGCUGCCCGCACCGCACACAGUGCCCGUGCUACGAUGGGAUGGCGAGGUGGUCACCGGGACGGACAUCUGUGCCUUUCUCGACAGUCGCUUUCCCGGUGAGGCCAUGCUCUACCCGCAGGGGCUUGAGUGCGAGUGUGCUGUCAUCUUCUGGUUCAACGGCUGGCUUUCGGUGGUCGACCCUGAGGGGUUCGAGCGCUUCGCCGGCGCCCUCGCGCGCAGCCACAUACGCAGCGGCGGGGCCGGGGCUGCCGCGAAGCUCGCGGCACGGCUGCUCCCGAAGCGGGUGAUGGCGCGCAUCGUGAGCAGCGCAGUCUCGAAGGAUUUCGUGAAGAGGAUGGAGGAGCGCGGAGCCGAGGCAGGGGGCGCGGUGGGUGAGGUCUGCGGGCGCCUCGCAAAGAUGAAGGCCCCUCGCGACACCGCCAGGGUCAUCGGGGAGGCUCGCGAGGUGCUGCUGCGCCUCGACGCAGAGCUGCAGCGGUCGAGCACGCCCUUCUUCUGCGGGGCGGCCACGCCGACAGCAGCCGACCUCACGCUCUACGGCAUGCUGGAGCGCUGGCUCGGGGACUGCCUGUGCCCCGGCGCGCACGGCGCGUCGCAGCCAUCGAUCGCCGACGGCAUGCCCGGCCUGCAGGCGUGCUUUGAGGCGAUGCGCGAGCGCUUCCGGCCCGACAUCGAGCUGCACGAUCUCAAGGACUACCACGACCUCAAAGCGCCUAUUGGCCCUGCGACCUGGCGGGGCAGCUCCUAG